UAUGUAUGUAUGUAUGUGUGCAUGUCCCAUAAGUAAAAAAAAUAUAUGCACACAAAACCAAACCGAAGAAAAAACAAUUAAGCAAGCUUGCAAAUAAGUUAAUACUAUAUUAUUAUAUAUGGAGUACUACUCAAAUAUAAUUAAUAGUAAUGGUGCGGGGUUAGUGUUGAUGAUGUUUUUCCUUGAAGUUGCAGUGAUGUGUUCCAAAGGUAGUAGUAGUAGUAGUAGUAUGAUGAUAAUCGUAUCUAAGGAUGGAAGUGGAGAUUAUAAAAGCGUGGGUGAAGCUAUCAGCAAUGCUCCUGAUUAUAGUAAGCAACCUUACAAUAUUCACAUUUUGGGAGGCAUUUAUGAAGAGUACAUUCUGAUUCCACCAAGUAAGACUAAUAUUAAGCUCCUAGGUCAUGGUUCAACCCACACGAUAAUACUGGGACGCCAAAAUGGUUCCACCAUAGACAUCCGUGGAAAUGGGUUCAUGGCACAGAACAUUGGAUUUGUGAACUCAGCGGGUCUAGAUGCAAGCGCUGCAGUGGCAGUUCGUAACGAGGCAACCAAUAGCAUUUUCUUUCAAUGCUCAAUCCAAGGAUUCCAAGACACCUUAUGGGCAGUUUCAGGCAGACAAUUCUACAAGAACUGUGAAAUCUACGGUACCGUGGAUUUCAUCUACGGCAAUGCAGCCGCUGUAUUUCAAGACUGCAUGAUUUACGCACGCUAUAGACAGUUUGUGACAUUCACCGCUCAAUCACGGGAGAGUCCAAACGAGAAGACAGGUUUCACAUUCCAACGUUGUAAAUUCAGCAUGUCACCUGAGGAUGAGAACAAAAAGUCAGAGGUGGUACGUGCCACGUUAGGACGUCCUUGGAGAGCAUAUUCCACUGUGGCUAUACUGCAGUGUUACAUAGAUUCCAUGGUGGAUCCUGGAGGUUGGGAACAGAUGCCAGGACAGCCCAUUGCUGAUAAGGUUACUUAUGUGGAGUAUAAGAAUGUUGGUCCUGGAUCUAACACUGAUGGUAGAGUGAAUUGGCCUGGUGUUAGAGUUCUUGGCAAUCCAAAUGAAGCACUCCCUUUCACAGCUUCCUAUCUAUUGGAUGCUCACUCUUGGAUUCCAUCUACAGGUGUUCCAUAUGAUAGUGGACUUUAAUAUUCUUCUCUUCUCUUGUUAUUAUUAGACCAUUAUUCUUAACCUUCAAUAUCACUUCAUCAGAAGUACUAUCAUGUAAGCUACCCAAAAAAGAUAUGUACUAUAUAUCAUGCAUUUACAAAAACAAAAUUAGUAUUAAAUUUGUGCAGUUAUGGUAUUUUUCAUUUGAAUAAACACUUCUAAAAUGAUUGAAAAUAUUACUUUCUAAUAUUUAAUCAUAAAUAUAUGCAAAAGUAAAAUGUGUUUGGUCAAUUUCUAUCA